UCCCCCUCCAAUACUACUAGGUUUAACUGACUGCCACGAUGACAAUUCGGUAAAAAAAAAAAAAAAAAAACCACAUUCUCCUUCGGCCGGGCAAAUGGCGACCGCAUCGCCAGGACCCAUGCCGCCAAAAGGUGGUCCGACAACCAGCCUAAAGGCACCAGCAACAUCAAGCACCAAUCCCGAGUCCGUCACCUCUUCCACUGGCAGCAAACCUUCUAAUUCGCCUCGUGUGACUCCACCUCCUUCGGCGCCUCGUCGACCCACGCGUCCUAUAUCCUCCGACUUCUUGUCCGACAAGGCCACCGCUGCCUUGAUACGUCGGGUCCUUUGCGCCCAACAUUUGGCUGAUAGGGGGAGGAGCACACCUGCACCCAUUCAGGACUUACUUCCACCUCUUACUAGCCGCAAUGAUGUGGACCUUCAGUUGUACGCCCUCAUAGCCAUUAUCAUAAAGGAAUUUGUACAGAACUGGUACACCAAAAUCACGCCAGAUGAGACGUUUGUUGCUGAGAUUGUGCAAAUCAUUGCCCAUUGUACCCGCGCAUUGGAACAAAGGUUACGGAAGGUAGACCUCGAGAGUUUGUUGUUCGAUGAGCUACCAGAACUGCUAAAUGCUCACAUCCGAGCUUAUCGGACCGCAAAGAAUUCAGUAGCUCGUCCACCAGUAGAGGCCAAUCCACGUGAGAUCUACCAUUCGCUCUGGCCACUACCAGCCCUGUCCCCAGUACCCAAGUCGGAGGAUAGCAGCAUCAUCCAAGCUCAGGCAGACAAUGAAAGUACAUACCGUCAACUCCUAGUUCGGGGAGUCCUGGCCGUGCUACUUCCGACGGAAGAUCUCGAGAAUGAAUGCCUGACGGCGCUGGUGGGACAGCUAUUCUCAGAACUCGUUAUUGGCAAUCUAAUUGCCAAUAAAGUUUCGGAGCCAUGGCUCAUCUGGGAAGGUCUCAUCAUUCUGGCAAGAGUAGCGCAUACGAGAGGCACAGUUGAAGCUUCUAGGCUUCGAAAUACCAGCCCGGCCAUUAAUCUAAAGGCGGGCUACGGCAUCAGUUCCCCGUCUAAGAGCAAAAAGGGCUUGUACGUCCAGCAGGCAUUCUGGUCUCUGAUCCAGUGGGGUUUCAUUAUUGUAAACUCGAUACGAUUCAUCAUCAGCACAAUUAUGCUCUCUCGAACACUUCCUCCAAGGUCUAACCCUACUCUUAUCCGCCAAGUAGACCAAGCCUCUCAUGGUAAUCGGAAAGAGUCCUACCACCCUCCACCAACUCCCGAGGCUUACACACAGCCAGUCAAAGUCCCCAUCGCCAACUUCAAAUUCUGGUCUUGCGUUGGGAACCUGCUCGAAAUAGACACUCGCAUGCCAUGGAUGAGCGGAGCCUUAUCCAUGGUUCAAUGGGGAGCAGUCAGAGGCCCUGGGCAGCUCGCAGGGUUUAAUGGGAUGAUCGAUAGACUUCUCUCACACCAUAUUCACGCCUAUGUUCUCGAUCCUACCCGUCUUCCCCCGCUCCUUCGAGUUGUGCGCGGCGCCGUCUUCCCCAAUAACGCCCCAGGCGCAUCCAGCCUGAUUCCUCCUUCAUCCGAUGAGCAGCUGGCCGCCCUGCGUCGCAGGUGCGCUAACGCGCUUUUGGCGCUUGUUCCGAAGAGGGUGGGCAGGCUUUAUUAUAGUAGCAGUACCUGGCCUUGGUCCACCAGAUCGACCAAUGCUCCAAAGGGUCCGAGUUCGCGGUCCGGACCGUCCAAGGGCAGCAGUAAUAACGCCGCACAUAAUACCAAUAGCACUGGAGAGGAAGUUGCACGCGUGCGGCUUACCGAGGACGGCAAAUCUGUUAGAGACAGUCAUGCAACGUUGACCCCAGAAGGUUCAAAGCGGCAAUUUGGGGAAACCGGUGUGCAGCCGACCGAGGUCGGUGGCGAUCUUCAGGCUGACAUGUGUGACGAGGCCGAUGACGAAGAUGAGAGCCGAAUCAUAUCAGAGAUAGAUACAGACAUUCUUGAUGUCUUCUCAGAUGCCUAUUGCAACAAGCAUCUGGUGUAUGGGAUCCUGGAGCUCAUUCUCGUGCGCCUCAUGCCCGAACUAGCCGAGAAGGGGAUUACUGAAUUAUGGGAAGAGCGACUAAACUAACUAACGAAGGGCCAGUCCAUCGGUUCUCGUAAACGAAAUAAGUAAUGGGAGGAGAAAUUCCGGCAAAGUAGGAUGGAGGAUGGAGAGUCGCCUAGACUUUCUGUUCGAUCUCUCGGCAUUACCUGC